AUGAAAAUGAAGAAACUAUUAAUUUUAAUUUUAUUUAUAAUUUUUUUUGUAGAAUUUAGUUUUCAAGAAAAUAAUUUUAAAUUAUGUGAAAAUGGUGGUAUUUCGGUUUUAAGUGACAAAUGUAUUUGUCCACCAUCAUAUUCAGGUGAUAAAUGUGAAAAAAUAGAUAAAAAUGAAAAAUGUACAAAUGCAACUUACUUUUCAAAUUCAAUUGGACCAAUAUGUUGUUUUUCAAAAUAUAGAGAUGAAAUCAAUUUAUCAGAAUUAAAAUUAACAAUUAAUAAUAAUAAAAAUAAUAAUAACAAUAGUAUAAAUUUAAAUAAAUCAUAUGAAAAUAAAAUAAUUAAUGAAUUAUUAAAAACAUAUGGACCAUGGGAUAAAAAAGAUGUUAAAUUAUUAGAUUUUUUAUUAAUUAGUAAUUUGGAAAAAGGUGAAAUUAAUUUAAAAUAUUCAAAUUAUUUUAAAAAAAGAGAACAACAACUUGAAAAUUUUUUAAAUAAUGAUAAUUGUAAUGAUUUAGAUAACCCAAAUCCAUUGGCUUUUUUAUUAAUUAUAAAAGAUAUUGAUUAUGAUGCUAUCAAUACAUUAUUUCAAUUUUUAUAUUCACCAAAUAACUAUUAUCUUAUUCAUAUUGAUGGAAAUACAAAAAUAGAUGAUGAAGAAUUGGAAAUAUUUUUUAAAAAAAUUAUUGAAACAAAAAAAGAGAAUUUAAGUAAUUAUUCAAAAAAGAAAUGGAAUGAUUAUCCAAGUAAUAUCAAAAUUAUGAAAAAUAGAUUUGAAGGUGAAUGGGGAUCAAUUUCAUUAGUUUACUUAGAGAUUGCUUCAUAUACGGUAUUAUUUGAUAUGGUUGAAGAAAGAAUUAAUAAAACUGGUCUGUCAUUUGAAGAUAGUCAAUGGUCACAUAUUAUUAAUUUAAGUGGUAAUGAUAUGCCAACAAUUCCAUUAUCAAAUUUUUCAAAAAUUCUAUGUAAUAAUAAAAGAAAAAGUUAUUUAGAUCAUUGUUGUAUUAAAGAUUAUUUUAGAUUUGAUAGAAAUUGGGUACAACUUAAUGAUAAAAGUGGAUUAAUUGAAUUAUUACCAAAAAAUAUGAAAGAACAAGGUUGUGGUGAUGGCUUGGGAAUGAGUAAAUAUUAUGAUAGAAAUAAAAGUUAUGGCGACGGAUCUCAAUGGAAAUUUUUAAAUGUUGAAUUUGUAAAAUACCUAAUUAGUGAUUUAAAAUCAUUGGAAAGAUUAAUCAGUUUUAAAUUUUCAUUUAUUCCUGAUGAAUCAUUCUUUCAAGCUUCAAAAAUAUUUUUCAAUAGUAAAGGUGGUCAUUCAUUUGAGUUUGACACAAAAAGAGUAACAAUGUUCGAUAAUAAUCCAGAAGCAAGAGAUAAUACUCGUUAUGCUGUAGAAUUAAAAGAUAUACCAAAUUUACAUGGUUUGUAUUUUGUAAGAAAAGUUUAUUUAAAAGAAAUCAGAGAUGCAAUAAUUAAAGAAUUUAAUUUAUUAUCAGAAUAUUGA